AUGAAAAAGCUGGGAGUUAACACGAAAGCCGGGGCAAACCUAUCGAGGAUAAAUGAAAAUGAAAACCUUUUUAAGAAGCCCAUAGAAUUUAACAAGAACAUAAGAAGGCUGUCCUUUUUAAAUAAUAAAAAUAAUGAUGAUAAUCAGAAGGAUCAUGUGGAUAAGUGUGAUAAAACGAAGGUGAAAGAAAUAAAUGACGUUUUUAAAAAUUGCAUGGUAGCACUGUCCCAUAAUAAAAUAUGUACAAGGAACGCAUUCGACAUAAGGAUUAUUGAUCAUUUGGAAGAUUUAGUGAAUUUAAAUGAUGAAGAAAUCAAUGAAGAGCUAAAUGAUGAAAUGUUGGAAACGGGGGAUUUUAAUCUGUCCUUCACAAGAGCGUCUAAAGCGAUUGAGGGAGCUACGAAAGUGUAUGGAUAUAGAGUAGAAGCCAUUUAUGACCAGACCUACAAUUUUUUAAGCAAUAUGAAUAUAGCAAAGCAGAGCGACAUGAAUGAAGAAUUAAUAGAAGAAAAAAAAAAUGCAAACGAGAUUUCAAAUAGAAAAAUAAAAAAAAGGAAGUUAGAAUUUUUGCAGGAGUCAUCAACUUUGGCCAAGUCGUCCGACAUUACUAUGGAUUCGGUUACCGUGUCAAAUAUAUCGGUCGACACCUUCUUUUUAAAAUUGAACAGUACAUAUGAUCACUCGUCAGGCAAUAGUUAUUUGUUGCCGAACUUAAUUUUGAAUAACGAUUUGUCUAUACAGUUUGAUGGGGACAUAGACGCGUGUGAAUAUAAGAAGAGGAAAAAAAUGGAGGACGCAAAUGAGGAAGGGAUGGAUGAAGACACGGCUGCUACGCAAACGAGUUGCAAAUCGCCCCUUAUGGUGCGAAGUAGCAGCAUGCAAGAGAGCGACUGCAGUGAUGUAAUGGUUAAGUGCUACAAGAAAAAAUUGUUUCUCCAUUCUGAUGUAUUGAGGGAUAUCCUGUUAGGUGGGGGAAAUGAAGACUUUAACAGCCUGAAUAUUUGCCCCGAGUUGGAUUAUUUUAAGGCUGAAAUAAGUAAGCACAAAAUGAAGAGAUCGGAUUCGAAGGAAUUUGAAGAUGGAGAGCAGGGCAACGACGCAGAAGACGAUGAUGAGGAUGAUGAUGACCAUAAGUAUGAUUACAACUUGAAUGAGGCGGAAAAUAUGAGGAUGUAUAAAGGGGACUGUUAUGGAGGGGAAGGUGCUAAAAAUAACUUAGCACUAAGUCUAGGUGGAAACCUUGCAAUGGACAAUUUACUCGACGAUAACGAUUUUAAUAGUGCAAGUGUGAGCGAUGGAAGGAUGCUGAACAGCAGUGUGAAUAACAACAGUAUGCAUUUCAGUGAUUACAAAAUAGAAGAUUUGAACAUAGAAAAUGUGAUGCAAGAAUCGCUAGCUUUUGAUAAUAUGAAUUUGAACGAUUGUAUAGGAAAUAAUUUAAAUUAUUCCCAAAGUAUUUUAUCAUUUCAUCAAGGAAGUAAUACGAUGACGGGCCUUCCGUUACCAGAACUCAUGAAGAGUGAAAAUAAAGAUUUCAGUCUAAUGAACUCCUUAGGGGGAAAUUUCCCCAUGAGUACACAGAAUUCUUUGUUUUUUAAAAACCAAGGAGGAAGUCCCACGAGAAAAAGUCUAAUAUCAACCAUUCCAGAUGAAGACACUCUAUGGAAUCGCAAUGUGAUGACUUUUGAAAACAGACUUAAUGCGAUAGACGUAAACAACAAAUUUAAUUAUCAUUAUUAUGUUCCUAGUAAGCUAAUAGCCCAUGGCAAUUUUAGGAAUCUAAUGGAUAUAGGUAAAGGGACUCAUAAGAAUAAAAACACGGUACUACACUCGGUAGUACAGAAGAAGGUAAAGGCUUCCUUCGAUGUGUCACUUAUUGAUUUUGAAAAUUUGUAUAAAGAAAUAAAUGACGUAGAAUUAUCUACGUACGAUUUAUGGAAGAAGGAAAAAAAGAAGUACGUGUCGAAUGCCCUUUUCUCCAUCGAUCAAACUUCGUACAUAUUUGAAACGAAGGAUAACUGCAUUAAUUGCGUCAACACGGUUACGGAUAGAAUUAUGAAGUUUUCCAAAGCGGCAAUGAUUACACCGAGUAAUUACAAUGGCGACCUUAAAUUAAAUGUCGUUCUGAACGAAGUGAGCUCCGAUUUUGUGGCAAAUGACAUGGGCUAUAUGAACUACGCAGAAGGGAAAAAUAUGGGAAGCAUGUUUCCGGAGCAUAUGGACGAUCACCAGGAUUGUCACAUGCAGGAAGGGCUAAAUGACGCCAUCGAUAAAUUCUAUAACAUGGACUUUGAGGAUAUAUGGCAGAACGAAAAUGAAAAUAAUUUAUCCAAGCAGGGCAGCAAGAUUGAGAAUGCGUCUGCUUUGCAGCUCCGCCAAAGUGUUUCUCGCGGCAGUACACUUGGACAUGCGAACAUGGAGAAUGUAGCAAAAUUUGUGGAUGUCUCGAAAAUAAAGAAAAUGUUGUGCGACAUUGUAAAGCCCGCGGAGAACGAGACGAGUGACGCGCAGGGUCGAGCGCAGCAGAACGACCAGAUUGUGCCCUACGUUGAGGAAAAGACGACAACUUUUAAGGACAUUGUCAACGCGACCAAAUCAAGGAUGAAUCCAGCAGAGGUGAACGGUACAUCCAUCCACAUGCUCUUCGUGUGUCUGCUGUACACGUGCAACGAUCAAGAAUUACUUCUGGAGAACAUACCAAACGAGGACAACUUCUACGUCCGCUACGGGCUGCCCGUGGAAUACCACGUUAAGACGGACGAUGUAAUGAUGCUUGAAAAUUGA